AUGUCUUCUUCUUCUUCUUUUUUUUCGCAAUCCAUUUCUGAUUCUGAUCUCAGUGAUCCACCUUCGGACAUUGAUGAUCUAGAACUUAACUUUGACUCGGGCGUCAUCAAGCGCACCACCAAAUCACCUCGGCGACGCUCUUCCACCAUGCCGAAGAACAAAGGCAAGGGCAAGAAGCCGGCAAAGCGAGCCUCUGACGAGGUUAGCCCUCUAGACCAAGAGGACGAGGACACCUUCCUCCCAAAUUGUCUUGCUCGUCUGUCUAUCAAGAAGCCCAGACUGGACAAGGAUCUCUCUGCCAUCGAGAGACUCCCCAAUGAGGUCAUUCAUCGUAUCGCCGAACUCACCGAUAACGAUCAUGACUUGACCAACCUGGCGCAGUCGAGCGAACAGCUGGCGAGGGCUCUUCUGCCACAAGAGACUCCUGUUUAG